AAAAUGGCGGAGGCAAGUAUCUCGGUGUGCCAGGACCAGUUCAGCUGUUCAAUCUGUCUGGAUUUACUGAAGGAUCCGGUGACUAUUCCCUGUGGACACAGUUACUGUAUGGACUGUAUUAAGGGCUGCUGGGAUCAGGAUGAUCAUACUGGUGUCUACAGCUGUCCCCAGUGGAGACAGAUCUUCACCCCAAGGCCUGUUCUGGGCAGAAACACCAUGCUGGCUGAAGUGGUGGAGAAACUGAAGAAAACGGGACCCCAAGCUGCUCCUCCUGCUCACUGUUACGCUGGACCUGGAGAUGUGGCGUGUGAUUUCUGCACUGGGAGAAAAUGCAAAGCCAUCAAGUGCUGCCUGGUGUGUCUGGCCUCUUACUGCAAAACUCACAUUCAGCCUCACUAUGAAUUUCCUGCCUUUAAGAAGCACAAAAUGAUCCAAGCCAGCAGACAACUAGAGGAGAUGAUCUGCUCUCAUCAUGACAAAGUGAUGGAGGUUUACUGUCGUACUGAUCAGCAGUGUAUCUGUUAUCUGUGUACAAUGGAUGAACACAGAGGCCAUGAUACAGUCUCAGCUACAGCAGAAAGGACUGAGAAACAGAAGCAGCUGGGAGAGACACAGAGGAAAUUCCAGCAGAGAAUCCAGGAGAGAGAGAAGGAGCUGCAGGAUCUGAGACAGGCUGUGGAGUCACUCACGCGCUCUGCACAGGCAGCAGUAGAGGACAGUGAGAAGAUCUUUACUGAGAUGAUCCGCUCCAUUGAGAGAAGGCGCUCUGAGGUGAAAGAGCUGAUCAGAGAUCAGGAGAAGGCUGCAGUGAGUCAGGCUGAAAGACUCCUGAAGCAACUGGAGCAGGAGAUUGCUGAGCUGAGGAGGAGAGAUGCUGAGCUGGAGCAGUUUUCACACACAGAGGAUCACAUCCAUUUCCUCCAGAUUCCUGUCAGCUCACCCUGGACUCCAACACAGCCAAUACAAGACUCUCUCUCCUCGGGAACCAACAAGUCACUGCAGGGGAAGAGCAACACCAUUCUGAUCACCCAGAGAGAUUUACAAGUGUGCCCCAAGUACUGUGCAGAGAGGUGUCUCUGA